UUUAUCUUUUUUGAAACUCAUUAAAGAAAUAAUGCUUCAAAGUGAUGAGUUCGCAAUAUUCUUAUUGGAAAUAAGAGAUCAUCAAUAUUCGCAGUGUAAUCUGGUGUUGGGUUUCUUCGGCCCGAAGCCAGAUUUAAGAACUUUAUUCUGUGUCUUGCCUCCAUAAAUGUCAUCAUGAUCCGUCUAUUCAGCAGUUUGUUUAUUUUUAACUUGCUCAAUACACCAUGGCAUAUUUAAGAGUUUUGAAAAUACAGCUCAUUCUGUAUCUUGCUCUACUCUAUUGGCAUUGUCACCUCUCUAUAUUCAACAGUGGGUUCAUUUUUUUACUUGGUCACUACGUUUUUCUUAUAGGUGACCCUUAUCGGAAAAAUGUAGAAUAUUGACAGCUCUGAGACUGUAAUGAUUUGGUAGAGGAGGAUUGUUCAUUUUUUUAUAAAAGUAAACAGUUUUAAGGAAUCAUAUUAAACUGCAAAUUUGGAGAAAAUAGGAAAGUAAAAAAGAAACGUUGACCAAAGACUAGCUUCAGUUUUUCUGUGAACUUUCUUUCUGCCCAAUCUUUCUGUUUGUUUGACACUCCCAAGUGAAGAACCUAGCUAUAAGAAUCGUUUCCAGUUCUUCAGAAAAGAUAGCCAGGCUGAAGUAGAACGUAAAGUCUAACUCUGAAUUCGCCUCUUUAUGCGCGGCCUUAGCUGUAAAGAAUAUUAUUUCGUCAAUCUUAGCUCUAGUCCUUCCCCCGCUACCUUUAAAUAUCUCACUUUUGGUAACAACCCAUCGGAUUUCGAGAUCACCAUCUGGCAAUCUUGCAAUGGUCUGUUAUUAUGUAGCAGGUCUAAUCGCAAAAAACCCGAUGACCACUAUGUUUACAACCCCACCACACAGGAAUACACUAUGCUUCCUCCACCCCCUCUUGGUACUGGAGUCUGUUAUUUUGGUUUUAAUUUAGCAUUUGAUCCUUCAAAAUCACCCCAUUACACAAUCAUUUGUGUGAAAAAUUGUAAUGAUUUUGAAGAUGACAGUUAUCAGAUAGAGAUUUUCUCAUCGAAAACGCGGACAUGGAGACCAUCAAGAGCUACUUUCAUUCUUUCAUGUUAUGCAAGUUUCAUGGAUGUUGUCUAUUGGAACGGUUCCAUUCACUGGAUUAAUGAGCAGGGCCCGUCUUUACAUUUCAACAUUGAUACAGAGGAAGUACAAGAAAUGCCCGUGCCUCCAAUUCCUGAUGAACAAUACUGGAGGAGUUUUUAUUACUUUGGAGUUUCUCGAGACCAUUUGAAUCUUAUUGAGAAUUAUGCUCCCUUUGCUGCUCUAUUUAAUGUUUAUGAAAUGAAGAAUGAUUACUCUGGGUGGUUCAUAAAGUAUCGCGUUGACCUUCGUCAAGCUGCAACAACAUUUCCUGAGAUGAUUAGGAGCCAUGUUGAUGCAGAGCACAUUCAAUACUAUAAAAUUUCGACAAUAUGUGUAGUAAGGGAAGAAAAUGAAGAGGAAUCAUAUUUGAUGGUGGACAUACCUGCGAAGUUAUCAGAUAGAUAUUUUCUCAUCGAAAACGCGGACAUGGAGACUAUCAAGAGCUACUUUCAUUGUUUCAUAUUAUGCAAGUUUCACGGAUGGUGUCUAUUGGAACGGUUUCAUUCACUGGAUUAAUGAGCAGGGCCCGUCUUUACAUUUCA